AUGAAUCCUGCGAAUUUAGCUAACACUGAAAAUAAUACAGAAGAAUAUAUAUUUGCGGUUGGUACUUACAAACUCCUUGCUUUUGCCAUCGGAACAAUCGGAGUCUUCGGAUUUUGCAACAAUAUUAUUGUAAUCGUGCUUUACUACAGAUUCAAGAGACUCCGGACGCCCACAAAUUUGUUAAUAGUAAACAUAAGUAUAAGUGACUUGUUGGUGUCUGUCAUUGGAAUAAACUUUACGUUUGUUUCGUGCAUCAAAGGCGGAUGGGUCUGGAACUCGGCAACAUGCAUUUGGGACGGAUUCAGCAACAGUUUAUUUGGUUAGUAGAUCUUCAGUCCUUUUUGGGUGUCGCGCCAAGAUUCACACAUAUUAAAGGGGCAAUCUGAAGUUCAAACAAUAACAAAGCUGUUUAUAUAUUCUUCAAGAAUCAAUGAGUAGCCUAUAUAUAAUUAAAAUAAAUGGAUGUAGAAAUCUCAGAUUACCCCUUUAAGAGUUAUUUCAAAAUAUGUUUUUAUAUAUUUGAAUAAUCCAUGUAAUGUUUAGUGGCAUCCUUUCCAUUUCUUUUGUAUUUCAUGUUUUUAUGUGUUAAAAAUGCUCAGAUAAAGAAGUGUAGUCUUUUGGGCUAUUGCAUUUUCAUAAGUGAUCCCAUAAACGUCUAUUGCAGGGGACAGUUCCUAUCCAUCUUAUUCUAAGGGAGAACUGUUUAGCCCACGUUCUCUCUAUUGAUUUAUGAAACCAGUCUUUUUAUAGUUGUGGAUGUUUAUGAAUGCCAUUGCCACUAUGCAAAUCACUAUGUGGAUGAAAACUUAAAGCUGGUUAGUGCAACCUUCACGCCCUCUGCUCUCUCUCUCUCUCUCUCUCUCUCUCUCUCUCUCUCUCUCUCUCUCUCUCUCUCCUCUCUCUCUCUCUCUCUCUCUCUCUCUCUCUACCCUCAUCUCUCUUAGGCACAUGUAACCUACUGUUGGCUAACCACAAGGUUCACCAAUUUAAUUAUAUGGUUGACUUUCCUCAUCUGUCCAAUAUUUUCAUAUUGUAAACAUCUUACAUGUAAAAAAAAAAAAGAAGAAAAAUUAUGAUAUUUCUUGACUCGAAUGGUUCAUUCUUGCUGGAUGGAUGGGUGUUACUGUAGUACAUGUGGAUAAAACAACAUGGUCAUUUGACUUUGAUGCUCGCAUUGUACACUAUGCACCUCACUAAGGCGAGACACCUUGAUAAGACCGUGCUGCCUGCUUGCCUGCCCCCCUUCAUCACCUCCCUUAGAUGACCACUCAAGCCAUUAACUUUCUAAUGACUGUCCAUCUCAUGAUAUUGUGAUGUUGUUUUUACCAGCCUGGUCUCAUAGACUAGAGGUAACAUAGUAAAUGUAAAUCCGGGACACUCAAAUUACACUGAAAAAUAUAUAUAUAAACGCAACAUGUAAAGUGUUGGUAGCAUGUUUCAUGAGCUGACAUAAAAGAUCCCAGAAAUGUUCCAAACAGACAAAAAGCUUAUUUCUCUAAAAUGUUGUGCACAAAUUUGUUUACAUCCCUGUCAGUGAGCAUUUCUCCUUUGCCAAGAUAAUCCAUCCACCUGACAGGUGUGGCAUAUCAAGAAGCUGAUUAAAUUGCAUGAUCAUUGCACAGGUGCACCUUGUGCUGGGGACAAUAAAAGGCCACUCUAAAAUGUGUAGUUUUGUCACACAACACCAGUGGCGACCCGUCAAUCUGUUUUGAGCCCCAUCGGUUUUGAGCCCCACCUGUUGAGCUAAAAGUUUUUUUUGUUGUUGCCUGUUUAGCAAGUUAUUUUGGCAUUAAUACGUGUCACAUAUCAGUUUGCAAACAAUGUAAAAAAAAAUCAUUGAGUAAAUAGAGUCGCAUACAAACAGUGCCUCCUGUGGUGGUGGGACAGCCAGCGGAAAAUAUGGAGCAUAGGGGUUGGUAACGUUCUCUAGUUGCGCCGUGAUUGGCUCAGUGUUCUGUCACUCAUGGGGACAUAGGGCGGCGCACAAUUGGCCCAGCGUUGUCUGGGUUUGGCCGGGAAAGGCGGUCAUUGUAAAUAAGAAUUUGUUCUUAACUGACUUGCCUGGUUAAAUAAUUUUUUUUUAAAAAACAUUAGAAUUGCCCAUCCAAGAAGGCUCAAGGUCAUUGGCCACAGAUAGAAUUAUGCCAAAUCACGUUAUAUCUACCGUAGCUUUGAUUGGACUGAUCAUGUCAACAUCAUACUUUCUAAAUCUUACCUAGCAAGCUAGCAGUCAUCAUCAUGAAUCAAGUCGAAUAUCUACUGGCAAAUCCUUUUCAAUCCUUGUCAUAUGAAGAGAAAUUAUGAAGAGAAAUUAUAGAUAAAACGUAUCGGUGCUCAUCGGCCAUUGGACAUAAACAUUACACAACAAAUUGGAAAUCACAAAUUCAACAAUGAGUGGUUUAGAAGUUAUCAGUAGCUAACUGCAAGCGUUGCAAAUAAAUCACUAGCCUGUUAUUCAGUGGGUGUGUGGUCCAAGUCUGGUUUAAGGGUCUCUUUUCUAAGCUUAAAAGGAUAAACAUUCGACACCAUGGGCGUUGGCCAUGCUGUCAAUCCAGCAUGACUUCUGCCGCAUUCAAAACAACUGGAAACUCGGAAUUGGGAAAUCUCAGACUUCAGUGAGUUCAAGACAACUGGGAACUAGGAAAAAACUGUCAUCCAACUCGGAAUUCCAAGUCGGGAACUCGGGCCUCUUUCUAGAGCUCCGACCUGAAGAUCACUGACGUCAUGAUUCAACCUUGUUUUUUUCCGAGUUCCCAGUUGUCUUGAAAGCACCAUAAAUCCAGAGAAUGCCAGACUUUGAUGACAAGGGUUAAUGACAAAAUUUGCCCACAAGGACCACCGUGCCACCUUCCUGUUAAAGUGAGCACAACAAGGUGAGUCCAAACAUUUAUUGUAUGCUGCUGCAUAAAUGAUGUAAUAUGCCAGGGAGAUACAGUGAGGGAAAAAAGUAUUUGAUCCCCUGCUGAUUUUGUACGUUUGCCCACUGACAAAGACAUGAUCAGUCUAUAAUUUUAAUGGUAGGUUUAUUUGAACAGUGAGAGACAGAAUAACAACAAAAAAAUCCAGAAAACGCAUGUCAAAAAUGUUAUAAAUUAAUUUGCAUUUUAAUGAGGGAAAUAAGUAUUUGACCCCUCUGCAAAACAUGACUUAGUACUUGGUGGCAAAACCCUUGUUGGCAAUCACAGAGGUCAGACGUUUCUUGUAGUUGGCCACCAGGUUUGCACACAUCUCAGGAGGGAUUUUGUCCCACUCCUCUUUGCAGAUUUUCUCCAAGUCAUUAAGGUUUCGAGCCUGACGUUUGGCAACUCAAACCUUCAGCUCCCUCCACAGAUUUUCUAUGGGAUUAGGCCACUCCAGGACCUUAAUGUGCUUCUUCUUGAGCCACUCCUUUGUUGCCUUGGCCAUGUGUUUUGGGUCAUUGUCAUGCUGGAAUACCCAUCCACGACCCAUUUUCAAUGCCCUGGCUGAGGGAAGGAGGUUCUCACCUAAGAUUUGACGGUACAUGGCCCGUCCAUCGUCCCUUUGAUGUGGUGAAGUUGUCCUGUCCCCUUAGCAGAAAAACACCCCCAAAGCAUAAUGUUUCCAUCUCCAUGUUUGACGGUGGGGGUGGUGUUCUUGGGGUCAUAGGCAGCAUUCCUCCUCCUCCAAACAGUUGAUGCCAAAGAGCUCGAUUUUGGUCUCAUCUGACCACAACACUUUCACCCAGUUCUCCUCUGAAUCAUUCAGAUGUUCAUUGGCAAACUUCAGACGGGCCUGUAUAUGUGCUUUCUUGAGCAAGGGGACCUUGCGGGCACUGCAGGAUUUCAGUCCUUCACGGCGUAGUGUGUUACCAAUUGUUUUCUUGGUGACUAUGGUCCCAGCUGCCUUGAGAUCAUUGACAAGAUCCUCCUGUGUAGUUCUGGGCUGAUUCCUCACCGUUCUCAUGAUCAUUGCAACUCCACGAGGUGAGAUCUUGCAUGGAGCCCCAGGCCGAGGGAGAUUGACAGUUCUUUUGUGUUUCUUCCAUUUGCGAAUAAUCACACCAACUGUUGUCACCUUCUCACCAAGCUGCUUGGCGGUGGUCUUGUAGCCCAUUCCAGCCUUGUGUAGGUCUACAAUCUUGUUCCUGACAUCCUUGGAGAGCUCUUUGGUCUUGGCCAUAGCGGAGAGUUUGGAAUCUGAUUGAUUGAUUGCUUCUGUGGACAGGUGUCUUUUAUACAGGUAACAAGCUGAUAUUAGGAGCACUCCCUUUAAGAGUGUGCUCCUAAUCUCAGCUCGUUGCCUGUAUAAAAGACACCUGGGAGCCAGAAAUCUUUUUGAUUGAGAGGGGGUCAAAUACUUAUUUCCCUCAUUAAAAUGCAAAUCAAUUUAUAACAUUUUUGACAUGCAUUUCUCUGGAUUUUUUUGUUGUUAUUCUGUCUCUCACUGUUCAAAUAAACCUACCAUUAAAAUUAUAGCCUGAUCAUUUCUUUGUCAGUGGGCAAACAUACAAAAUCAGCAGGGGAUCAAAUACUUUUUUCCCACACUGUAUGUAUACUGUAGCUAAAAAAGUAAUACUAAGUGUAUGUUGUGUAGUAAGCUGUUAGUAGCCCAUAUGCCUCACCUUAAUAAUUACGUCCUUUUCCCCCUCAUAAUGUAGCCUACUGUUCUGACUUGGUGGUGCCUAUAGCCUGUUUUAGAGAAAUUGAAUCAUCAAAUAUUGUACGAUUUUUCAUUGUCUGCUUACAUGUCCCCUUUAUUUAUGCUACGGUUCUGACUAGGUGUACAGGGAGAAUACGGUAUGAACGGCCCAUGUUCUGAAUUCUGUUACUGUACAUUUCAAAAGUGCUGAACAAAUAGUUAUAUUGACUACGUCCGUCCUAGCAAAAUUUGGAGAGUUUGCCCCACCAAGAUUUACAUAAUGCCACAGAUGUCUCAAGUUUUGAGGGAGCUUGCAAUUGGCAUGCUGACUGCAGGAAUGUCCACCAGAGCUGUUGCCAGAGAAUUUAAUGUUAAUUUCUCUACCAUAAGCCGCCUCCAACGUCGUUUUAGAGAAUUUGGCAGUACGUCCAACCGGCCUCAACCGCAGACCACAUUUAACCACGCAAGCCCAGGACCUCCACAUCCGGCUUCUUCACUUGCAGGAUCAUCUGAGACCUGCCACCCAGACAGCUGAUGGAACUGAGGAGUAUUUAUGUCUGUAAUAACGCCCUUUUGUGGGGAAAAACUCAUUCUGAUUGACUAGGCCUGGCUCUACAGUGGCUGGGGGUGCAGCCAUGGGUGUGCUGCCAUGGGUGUGCCUGGGAGGGCAUAGGCCCACCCACUUGGGAGGUAGACCCACCCAUGGCUGCGCCCCUGCCCAGUGGUGAAAUCCAUAGAUUAGGGCCUAAUUAAUUUAUUUCAAUUGACUGAAUUCAUCAUAAGAACUGUAACUCGGUAAAAUCUUUUAAAUUGUUGCAUGUUGCGUUUAUAUUUUUGUUCAUUAUAGAAUGAUAUGUUACGUUUUGUACAGUCACAUAGGACAGAAGGUUACUUAAGGCAAAAACUAAAAUAGGUCCGGGUGGAUGGGUAAGCAUAUAAUGCUAACUUCUAGCAACCCAAAGGUUGUGUGUUCGAAUCUCAUCAUGGACAACUUUAGCAUAUUAGCUACUUUGCAACUACUUAGCAUAUUAGCUAACCUUAACCCUAACCUCUAGCCUAGCUAAUGUUAGCCAGCUAGCUAACAAUAGUGUUAGCCACCUAGCCACCUAGCUAAUAAAUUGGAAUUCGUAACAUAUCAUACGUUUUUCAAGUCUGUAACAUAUUGUACGAAUUGCAAUUCAUAGCAUAUCAUACGAAUAGUAAUUCAUAACAUAUCAUACUAAAUGAAUGAUGGACAUCCACAAAUUAAUACAUACCAUACGAAACAUAACAUAUCAUGCUAAAUGGAGUGUUUGAGAUUGACAUACAUAAUUAUACAAAAUUCUCUGAGACCAGGUUGUUUUUUCUAAAUUGCUUGUAUUUUUUGUUGCUUUAAAGCGCUUUGAGAUUCUUUAUGUAAUGAAUAGCGCUAUAAUAGUUUGAUAAAUUAUUAUUAUUAUUAUUAUUGUUACUAUGAUCCAAGUUUGCUUUUGAACAGAUCAAUAAAAUGUGAAGGGCUUUUCAAAAUGCACAACAAUAGCCCAAACUGACAAAAAUAUAUUUCUAUACCAGUGUAUCCUACAGAAGGACAGCCUGCACCAAUGCAGAGACACUGAAAAAGACGCUGGUUAAUAUAACAAUUAAUUAUAAUUAGCCUACAGGCACACUAAAUCCCCUCAGAAAGAGAGUUGAAUGGUAGAGAUUAUUGAUACCAAAUUAAUUUACUACAGCAUGUGAAACCACUCACACAUUAUUCAAGUCUAAAUUUGGAUGACUAUCUAAGGACAUCCUGCACCUGUUACACCUAUUGCACUCAUGCAGCGUGGUGCUGUCAGUUUGACCUGUACCGACAUGUUAUACAGUAUAUUAGUUGUGUUAUAGUGUGCAGUAACACUGUGCUCAAACAAGGCCCUCUAUAAUGUAACACAACUGUCCUGCAACACUUGGUGUUGAUUGGGCAAAAUGUCUGGCAAAAGUAAUUGCUGUGCAAUGGAGAAACUGAACGCUACCAAAUGUAAUUAAAGGGGAUUUACACAACAAACAAAAAAAAUGUGUUAGUGUUUUUCUUCCAGACUUCAUAGAUGGUCUUCUGAUGUGAUUUAAGCAUUGACAUGGACUCAGACCAUCCAUUUACGUUGUUUCUCUAUGAAUAAUUGUAAUUGUAAGAGUAAAACACAGAAGAAAAGAAUUCCUAAACCAGGACACAUAAAACAGAGAAAACAGAAUUCAGGAAAAUACAAAAUAUAAUUUUAUGGGGCCCCCUUAGAGUUGUUUAUUAACCAUUAGCCAGGUAUAUUGACAGAAAACACAUCUCUUGUACACCAAGGACCUGGUGAAAAGUUGCAUGGUAGAGGAGAAGAAUAUGCUUAUUUAAAGGCUAUAAAAAAAAUGAGUAGCUCGUGACAUGUUACAUUUUUUAUGCUAGAAAAUGUUGGAGACCCCUGCAAUAGAAUAUUUAUGAUAUUGAAUAUACAGUAUAUUGAGAAAAUAUUCGAUUGAGAACUGAGUAAUAACUGUAAUAAAAUCAUCAUCAGGUGGGUGCUUACAUUUGUCCUAUUUCACACAUGUACAAGUGUGUGUUAUAAUCAUGUGAAUUGGAAAUUCGUUUUUUGCAUAUUCCAAUAUCCCUGAGACACCCUUGGAGGUUUGACUGCGACCCUGGAGCAAUUAAGGUUAAGUACCUUGCUCAAGGGCACAUCGACAGAUUUUUUGCCAGUUUGGGGAUUAGAAGCAGCAAGCUUUCGGUUACUGGCCCAAUGCUCUUAACUGCUAAGCUACAUGCCGCACCCCAAGAUAAGGUAUACUUUAUUAGUCCAGACAAAAAUGUAUCUUAUUAUUUUACCCAACCCCUCCGAUAUACACACACACAUACACACAAACACACAUUAGGUUGGAGAGGCUAGAGCAGUGGGCAGCCUCGGUGCAGUGCCCAAUGAGCAGUUUAGGGGGUUAAGUUCCUUGCUUAAGAGAACAUCGGAUGUAGGUGUUACCUCAGAUAUUGAUGCCAGCAACCCUCCCGGUUCCCGGCUCACUCCCGCCAGAUUUCUUUCCCCUGUCGGCACUGGGAUUCAAACAGGAAACCCUCCGGUUGCUGGCCCGCUUCUCUAACCUCGGGGCUACCGUGUACAGAAUAACAGUGUAAUAACCAAUAGACAGUAAUAAUCAGGGCCUACAUAUGGAUAUUUCAUAACCCAGAUUCGCUAUCAUUACUCAGCAUCAUCACCCAUCUCCCUCCCUUCCAGGCAUCGUGUCCAUCAUGAGUCUCUCGGCCCUGGCCUAUGAGCGCUACAUCCGGGUGGUCCAUGCUAAGGUGGUGGACUUCCCCUGGGCCUGGAGGUGCAUCACUUACAUCUGGCUCUACUCCCUGGUCUGGACAGGGGCUCCUCUUCUGGGGUGGAACCGCUACACCCUGGAGAUCCACCAGUUAGGCUGCUCUCUGGACUGGACUUCCAAGGACCCUAACGAUGCCUCCUUCAUUCUCUUCUUUCUCCUGGCCUGCUUCUUCGUACCAGUGGGCAUUAUGAUCUACUGCUAUGGGAACAUUCUUUACACAGUGCAAAUGGUAAGAACAAGGACACUAAAAUGGCAUUAUCAUCAUUUUCACAAUUUCACAGUAUUAUUCCAACCUCAUAGUGUAGAAAUAUAUAUAAAACACAGGAAAAUCACGUUUUUGACUGCACUGGGCCUUUAAAUAAAAGGCUUAAAUCAAAGGUAGGCUAGUACUUACAUUCAACAAGGACGCAAGACAAACAAAGCGAACUCGACCAAACAAUGGCGAAAUGAUGUAGCAGCCUACAAAUGAAAUUCUAGUGCAUGCGCUUGGGGAUCUGAGGCCGAUGCCAAUAUUAAGUACCACUGAAUGUCAUUGUGUCCUCUGUGGCCUCAUUAAGCAUAAGAAAGAUGGAGACUUAUCUUCUCUCCUUCAUUAACAACCAGAGGAUCAAGCAUAUCAUCUUUCAUAAAAAGUCCUCUCUUUAUCUUCUGUAAAGGUCUGAAAGAAGUGAGCUGACAUUCACAUGCAGAGACAAUCUUAUUUUUUGUGGGGAGUGCAUAAGGUCAGUACAAGUGACAUAUAAUCCCCCCCCCAAAUCCUCAGGGCAUGGACUCUGCAAGGUGUCGAAGGCAUUCCACAGUGAUGCUGGCCCAUGUUGACUCCAGUGCUUCCCACAGUUGUGUGAAAUUGUCUGGAUGUCCUUUGGGUGGUGGACCAUUCUUGAUACACACGUGAAAAACACAGCACAUUAUAGUUCUUGACACAAACCGGUGUGCCUGGCACCUACUACCCCGUUCAAAAGCACUUCAAUAUUUUGUCUUGCCCAUUCACCCUCUGACUGGCAUACAUACACAAUCCAUAUCUCAAUCAAAAUCCUUCUUUAACCUGUCUCCGCCCCUUUAUCUACACUGAUUGAAGUGGAUUUAACAAGUGACAUCAAUAAGGGAUCAUAGCUUUCACCUGGUCAGUCUAUGUCAUGUAUACUCCAGUGUAUAACUGGAAUGUCUUUUGUUGUUUUUUACAUAUUCUAAUUAGACCAUGUUAGUGAGUGAUGAGAUUCUUUCCUAUUGUCAUUCCCAACAGCUCCGCUCCAUCCAGGACCUUCAGACAGUGCAGAUCAUUAAGAUCCUGCGCUACGAGAGGAAGAUGGCCGUCAUGUUCCUCUUGAUGAUCUCCUGUUUCCUGGUGUGCUGGACGCCCUACGCCGUGGUGUCCAUGAUGGAAGCCUUUGGCAGGAAGAGCAUGGUCACCCCCGCCGUCGCCAUCAUCCCCUCCUUCUUCGCCAAGUCCAGCACGGCCUAUAACCCUCUCAUCUACAUCUUCAUGAGCAGAAAGGUGAUGGGACCUCUGACCUGACACACUUAUGCUGAUAGCAGAAAGGCUUGGAAACAAGCCCUUUCCCAAAUUUAAAGGGAAAACACACUUCAAAAUCAAAGUUUAUCUGAUGUUUUCAACCUCAUUGUAGCAUAAUAGCUGAAUAUACAAAACACAUGACCUGGGACAUGGAUUUAUCUCAGCAGAAGACCACUUUUGAGGGCUAAAAACAUCUGACAAACUUUGGAGUGUAAUGUCCCUUCAACAUACCACACUGAUGAACUUAAACAGUAAAAUAAAAUCUCUGUAAACGUUCACAAUAAUGUCAUUUUGUUACUUAGUCUUGUAGUUUGGCUAGAAUAUCAAAUCAAAUCCAAUUUUAUUGGUCGUAUACACCAGUGGAGGCUCCUCAGAGGAGGAAGGGGAGGACCAUCUUCCUCUGUGAAUUUCAUAAAAAUAAAAAUUGAAACAUUGAAAAAGUUAUCCUUUUUAGAUAAAACUAUACUAAAUACUAAAUAUAUUCACGUCACCAAAUAAUUGAUUAAAACACACAGUUUUGCAAUGAAGGUCUACAGUAGUCUCAACAGCACUCUGUAGGGUAGCACCAUGGUGUAGCCGGAGGACAGCUAGCUUCCGUCCUCCUCUUGGUACAUUGACUUCAAUACAAAACCCUGGAGGCUCUUGGUUCUCACCCCCUUCCAUAGACUUACACAGUAAUUAUGACAACUUCUGGAGGACAUCCUCCAACCUAUCAGAACUCUUGCAGCAUGAACUGACAUGUUGUUCACCCAAUCAAAGGAUCAGAGAAUAAAUCUAGUACUGAAAGCAUAAGCUACAGCUAGCUAGCACUGCAGUGCAUAAAAUGUGGUGAGUAGUUGAUUCAAAGAGAAAGACAAUAGUUUUCAACAAAUUCAUUUCUUCAAAAAUGAAGGAGAAGCAAGAGAGAGAGAGUGUCAUUUUUUUCAAUUUCACUUACUUAGCUAGCAAAUGCAGCUGGCUAGUUUAGGUACUCAAACACCGGCACAAACAGAGGGAUGCUAUGUUUGCUAGCUGGCUAGGACUAGCCAACACAACACUGGAACUCUUCCAGGUCAAGGUAAGCUUUUGGUUUAAUUAAUUUAUUUCCACCGGGGCCCGCUGGUGUAACUGCUUACUGACUAUACACUGUCUGUAACAUUACUGUAUGAUUGUAGCGGGUUUUCUAACGCAUUAGUUCUAUUAGCUAUGUUGACUAGGAUGUUACUUUAGCUAAUAUGGGGACAACGAUGUAGGCUGUGUGUAGCAGUUAUGACAUGGUUUGGCUUGGAAAGGUCUUUUCACCUGGUCACAUACAGCUGAUGUGUUCAUUGAAGUCCACAAACGAAGGGAAAAGGUGAGAGGAGGAGAGUGCAUAGAGGUGAUGUCAGGCUGAUGUGGAUGUGGUGUAGGAGUCAGGCGCAGGACACAGAAGCUACUUCCAACAGACUUUACUGGAAGACACGAUAAUACAAAGAAACGGGCCUCAACAAAACAAGGAGGCGAGCGAUUACGCAACAGUGUGCAAAAACACUCCAAUGGCACAAGACUACGCAAAAGUGCGUCAGUACACGAAAACACAGUGGAGCAAAAAUACAGCACCUACGGACAGGCGGAACAAUUACACACAACUCACUACAAACCAAACAAGACACAUAUAGGGAACAUAAUUAACACUAACAGGAAACAGGUGAACAAGGAAGACAAAACCAAACAAACAUCGAUAACAUACAAUGGUGGCAGCUAGUACUCCGGGGAUGACGACCGCAGAAGCCUGCCCGAGCAAGGAGGAGGAGCAGCCUCGGCCGAAACCGUGACAGGUGAGAAGGAAUACAAUGUGGCUGCUAUGAAAUUGAACUGGGUUUAUGCGUGAUCAGGGGUGUAUUCAUUCCGCCGAUUGUGUUGAAAAACAUUUCUUAAACGGAAGCAAACGAAACGGGAAUAAAUAUACCUGAAUUUGUCCAAUAGAAACUCUCGUUUGCAACUGUUGGACUAAUGAUUUCACCCUAGAUAAGCUAGAUGCAGGCAAGAGUGUGCAAGGCGGUAUUGAAUGUGUCACUAUCUGUCAACUCAAAAUGUUCUCUUGACCUGUGUGCACCUACGUUGUAAACUUUCAUUCAUAGGCUAGGUUGUAGCAAACUCAUGAUGGGUAUAGGGAAAAUUUGAGUAUCAUGUAGUAGCCUAAACCUAACGAUGUUACAUUGAACUGGGUGAACGGAAUAUGAAUGACAGUCAUCCAACAUGCUGUAAUAGAAAUAAGGCCAUGCUCAUGAAAAAAUUAAUCGUCCUCCCUCAUCAUAAACGGCACUGACCGCCACUGGCAUACACAUAUUUAGCAGAUGUUAUUGCGGAGUCCGGAGUAUAUUAUACAUAUAUAUAUAUAUAUAUAUAUGUAUGUAUGUAUAUAUGUAUGGAAUGUAUACACAUUAUAGACAUUAUGGACAGUAUGUGAAUAGAAUAUUUAGUAUAUCUGUAGAAUACGUAGGAUAGAAUAGUGUAUAUAUACAGCAAUAGUUGAAUAGGAUGUAAUUGGCUAGAAUACAUAUGAAAUGAGUAAAACAGUAUGUAAACAUUAUUAAAGUGACCAGUGAUUCCAUGUCUAUGUACAUAGGGCAGCAGCCUCUAAGGUUCAGGGUUGAAUAACCGGGUGGUAGCCGGCUAGUGACAGUGACUAAGUUCAGGGCAGGGUACUGGGUGGAGGCCGGCUAGUGAUGGCUAUUUAACAGUCUGAUGGCCUUGAGAUAGAAGCUGUUUUUCAGUCUCUCGGUCCCAGCUUUGAUGCACCUGUACUGGCCUCUCCUUCUGGAUGAUAGCGGGGUGUCCUUGAUUAUCUUUUUGGCCUUCCUGUGACAUUGGGUGCUGUAGGUGUCCUGGAGGGCAGGCAGUGUGCCCCCGCUGAUGCAUUGGGCAGACCGCACCACCCUCUGGAGAGCCCUGCGGUUGUGAGCGGUGCAGUUGCCAUACCAGGCGGUGAUACAGCACAACAGGAUGCUCUCAAUGGUUCAUCUGUAAAAUGUUGUGAUCUGAUAGGAUCUUAGUUUGAGCCAGUUUGCUACAGCAGGGAAAUAAUCCUGCAGCAACAGGAAAUUCACAGUAAACGCUGCAUAUGUCGGCUCAAUCUGAAAUUACCUUAAAAUUAAAAUUGCGCUACAACGCUUUGAAUGGGUUGAAUCGAGCCCUUAAUGUUAAAGUAUUACCAUGGUGUCUUUUCUUUUUGGGAAAGUGAACAAACACUUCCAUUUGAGUAACACCACUCUUCCCUUGCUCUCUUUUUUCUCCUCCUCCUCCUGUUCCUCUUGCAGUUCCGGCACUGCUUGCUGCAGCUGUUGUGCUCCCGGCUCUCGUGGAUUCAGCACAGCAUCAAGGACCGCCCCCUGGCCCAGAGCAUCGAGCGGCCCAUCCGCCCAAUCGUCAUGUCCCACCGAGGGGAUGGGGACCGACCAAAGAAGAGGGUGACCUUCAGCUCCUCGUCCAUCAUCUUCAUCAUCGCCAGCAACGACGUGCACCACCUGGACACCACCUCCAAGAGCGGCCGUUUGUUGUCAGUGGUCAUGCAG